AUGGCGGAAGGCGUUGAAUCGCCCUACCCGCAUCCGUUCCAUGCAGACGACAUGAUGGGUGAGGGCGAUCCGGGUAUGUGCUCCCCCAGAACCGCCCUCGAACUCAGAAUGUGCGCGUUGUCAUCCCAUAUUCGUCAGAAGUCGCGGUGGUGGGAGAAGUUUUGCGACGAAGCUAUCCGUGAAAAGUGGGUGGUGGAGGCAAAGGAGCAGCAGACGGAUCUCAAGUCUUGGGAGAAGUUGUCUGACAAUAUGCUCAACUUCGUCAUGGAGGAGCUGGGGACGUAUCAUGAGCUCAGGGACAUGGAGACCGGUAUUGAGUGUGGUCCCUACGAUGGAAUAUACCUUUCCGACACUCUUAUCUCUGAACAACUCCGCCAAGAGCUUAUUGCUGCCGUCAAGCCCCUCGAGCAGGUACCUCCCGAACGACAGGACUGGCACCCAGGCUCAGACGAACGCGUACUGGACCUUGUCCAUCCGUCACUCUAUCCCCUCAUCUUCAACCAGUCGUGGGGACUCGACGAAAACGACAAUCCCAUGACCUUCCCGCCACCGUCAGCCGAAGAGCUCGGGGUUGACGAGCAAUUCGUCUCUCAGCGCUUCCAGUGGCUUUCCUCCAACUUCAAGGUGGCUGCUGACGGCAACGUCACUUUGACCUCUCCAUAUAUCAACAACAUCGCUCCCAAUGAUGCUUUAGCGCUUGUGCCCGCUAUUGAAAAAGUUAUGUCCAAGGCUGUUUCCCUUUGGGAGCACGUUUUGGCAGCGAUGCGUGGUGGACAGACUCCAGAACGUGUCCGUCGCACUACCGACAAGAGAUACCUCUACGACACUGACGACAUUGACUGCAUCUGGCCUGACGAGCCCGAAUAUCCUCCCGAUGGAGAAGACGAGGAUGAUUGGCUGACGAGCAAUGGGGGCAGACUGGUGCUUCCAGAUGCCCCUAUGGUCUACGAUAGGGUCUUACCCGACUAUGAACCCGUAUCAUUGCGAGAGUCCAGGCUGCAGGUUAUUGUCAAACUUGCAAAUAUCAUGCUGACACCGGAAAAGCCUGAAUAUGGUGGGGGGAUUUGGCACGUCGAGGGGAUGGCUACGGAGUCCAUUGUCUCGACUUUCAUCUACUAUUAUGAGGCUGACAACAUCGAGCCCUGCGAUUUGCGCUUCAGAAUGGGGACAUCCGCUCCAGGCUACCAUGGUCAAGAUGACUAUUUUUGCAGUUCGGUACUUUAUGGGUUUACAAGGAACGAAUCGUGUGUUCAAGAUAUCGGGUCCGUGACCACCAUACCCCAUCGCUCCAUUGCCUUCCCCAACCUCUACCAACACCAAGUUUCGCCAUUUAAGCUUGUCGACCCGAGCAAACCUGGCGUUCGAAAGAUUCUCGUGUUUUUUCUCGUGGACCCGACGAAGGAGGUUGUGUCUACCAGUGAUGUGCCGCCCCAGCAGCUCCCCGUUUUGCGAGAAGCGCUGCUUUCGAUUGCCAGGGAGCCAACCUCGCGAUUGGCAAUGCUGCCCGUGGAGUUAAUUGACCUCAUCGCGAAGAUGGUGCCUGGGGUCAUGACGCUGGCGGAGGCAAAACGGGUGCGGGAAGAACUCAUGCAAGAGCGCUCGUUAAUGAUCGCAGAUGUUAAUAAGGAGUAUUUCGCCAGGGAAUUCAAUAUGUGGUAUGUACUUGCGAGCAUUAGUGGUGGGUGGGUAUUGAAGCAUCCGGGUCGGUUUCGGCCAACGUUUUGGAGCUGUUCGCUCAGUAGAUACGCAGUCGGAUGCAAUACGAGUGGGAAGUCUCUCAAUGCUCGAUUUAAACCCGGAAUUUCAUUAACCCCCGCGGAUACGAAGCGAGUGACAUAG